AUGAUUAGCGGCGCAUUUCACCUCCCACACUGGAUCGCCUCCCGCGCGAUCAUACUCACCCUCAUCAACGGACCCUCCAUAUCCGUCUCGCUGACAGUCGCACGCAUUGUCCCCCCCGACUCGGACAUCUUCCGCUACAUCCAGACGGGCAACUGCUCUGGUCUGCAAACCCUGCUCCUCAAAGGCCAAGCUUCUCCCGCAGACAUGAUCGAGUCUCUGUACGGGACCCUCGACGCCCUCCUUUUCGCUCUCAACUGCAACCAAUACGAGAUUUGCCAGCUCCUCCUCUCCUGGGGCGCCGACCCCCACGCUGAAAACAGCACCAAGCUGACCGACUCGGCCGCCAACAUGGCCUGGAAUCUUUCCAUCGAGUGUCCAUCCCCAGCCAACAACGCACGGAAACACCUCAUCGAGUCUACAUUCCCGGCCCCGUUGGACCUCGACCGGCGCCAGUUCUCACUUCUGCACAAGACCGUCCUCGGCCUUGCCUACACCAACCUCCCAGCACUGCUCGCUACCUGCUCACCCGACGCCCUCAACGCCCGCGACUGUCAUGGCCGUACCGUUGUCCUCAUGGCCGCCUGGCGCGGCGAUCUGAAAGCCGUGACUGAAAUCCUCGCAGCUGGCGCCGAUUCCGACUUGCACGAUGGUGAUGGCCGCUCCCCGCUGCAUUACGCAGCUAUGACGGCAUCGGAUGUUUGUACUCGGGCCCUGGUGUGGGGUGGUGCGGAUGUCAACAAGGUCGACAAUUAUGGUGAGACGCCGCUGCAUUGUGCGUGUAGCUGCGCCCGUUUGGCCAAUGUAGAGUACCUCCUAUCUGUGGGGGCGUGGCUGGACAUGGCAAACGAGCGGGGAGUGACGCCUCUUAUGGCGGCAGUCAUGGCGGGAGAUGUGGGGGUUGUUGAGGCGUUGAUAGCAUGCGGGGUGAACGGGGAGGUCAAGGAUAAGGGUGGUGAGACGGCGGUUGGGCUGGCGGUGUGGGGGGACCAGACGGAUAUUGUGGGGGUGUUGGUCGAUAAGCACAAAGGGAGAGCGAGGCUUGAUGUUCACAAUGAUAGUGGGAGAACGGUGCUACACACCGCUGCGAGAUAUGCGGGGGUUCAGACAAUGAAGAGGUUGCUGUUGAGCUUUAGGGAGCAACCUCCAGGGGAAAGUAGUGUUAGACUAGGAAGUAGGGUCGACGGGCAGGGGAUGACUGCGCUGGAGAGGUUGGUGGAAAGGGGGACUUGA